AUUCGUGGCCACAUGACUUCUUUAUGAAGGACUGAUGGUAGUUGCAGGUUUAAUUUUGCGGACUAAGCAAAAUGGCGGCUGCAGCAGUGUCAGUAUCCUCUGCUGAAAGUUUUCUAGAAUCCCAUCCAGAAAAGGCAUUGUAUAUACUUACUACUAUAGUGAAACGAGAUAUAGACCCUGCAAAGGAAAAUGAAGUUAAAGAAAAGGAAAACGCCAUUAUGAAAUUAGGCUCUUUGUACUCAAAAGCUGGUAAUAUACAAGGACUUGAAAAUUUAAUCAAACAAACUCGCCCAUUUUUACAAUGUGUGUCAAAGGCAAAAGCAGCUAAACUUGUGCGCGAUUUACUGGACCUAUUUUUGGAAACACACAAUGUGGAAGUACACAAUGAAGGCGCUAUUCAACUCUGUCAGGAAUGCAUAGAAUGGGCAAAAGAAGAAAAACGGACAUUUCUUACACAAGCUUUAGAGGCUCGUCUUGUUGCACUAUAUAUAGAUUCAAAAUCAUACACAGAAGCAUUAAGUCUUGGUUCCAGAUUAAACAAAGAAUUAAAAAAAUUAGAUGAUAAGGCGUUAUUAAUGGAAGUUCAACUAUUUGAAAGUCGUACUUAUCAUGCACUAGGAAACGUUCCAAAAUCAAGGGCUGCUCUAACAUCUGCACGUACAACUGCAAGUGGCAUAUACUGUCCUCCAAAAUUACAGGCUGCAUUGGAUUUACAGUCUGGAAUUCUACAUGGCGAAGAGAAUGAUUUUAAAACAGCUUACUCCUAUUUCUAUGAAGCGUUCGAAGGUUAUGAUUCAAUCGAUAACUCAAGAGCUAUCAUCGCAUUAAAGUAUAUGCUGUUGAGCAAAAUCAUGUUAAACAGUCCGGACGAUGUGCAGUCUAUUAUCAGUGGAAAACUGGCGUUGCGAUAUGCUGGGCAGGAUAUUGAAGCUAUGAAAUGUAUAGCAACUGCAAGUCAUAAUCGAUCACUACUCGAAUUUCAAGAUACUUUAAACAAAUACAAAAAAGAACUCACAGAGGAUCCAAUCAUUCAGAGACACUUCAACAAAUUGUACGAUAAUCUUUUGGAACAAAACUUGUGCCGUCUUAUCGAACCAUUCUCCAGGGUGGAGGUUUCACAUAUCGCCGAGUUAAUAACUUUACCUCAGCCAACUGUCGAAAGGAAAUUGUCACAAAUGAUAUUGGAUCAGAAAUUAAAAGGUAUACUGGAUCAAGGUUCUGGCGUGUUAGUCAUCUUUGAUGAAAAAUCGACCGAUAAGACGUACGAGAAUACGUUAGAAAUUAUACAAAGGAUGGGUGGAGUGGUCGAUGCGCUGUAUAACAAAGCAAAGAAACUCUCUUAAAUGUUUGCUCGGUGAAGACCGGGACUUUGGACUAAAUGUUACAUCGUUAAUAACCAGAAAGAUAAUCGUCGUUUCCGUCA